GUUCCCUACAUAUGCCAAGUAGGCCGUAGCAGGGCCAGUGUUUAAUAAGAGAGAGAUAACGCGACGUAGGUGGUAUUGAUUUGUUGGCUAUAGGCAUGGCAGUCAGGCUAGCAAGAUAGGUAUAGUAUAACAAGAUCUAUACCCUAAAUUAUUUAGCUCUGCAGGUGUUUAAGCUAGGCAGAUUGCAAUAUUGUAUUCCUCUUUUUGAAAAUACUUAAAUUCAGAAUUUAAAAAUCAUGUCUGCUGCUUUUCAGAUUUCUGAUUUUGAAAAAGCAUUAAAAAAGUGUAAGAAGAGAGAAAUAUAAUUUUGUAGCAAUUAAAUACCUUUAACAAUGUUCAUAUCUUUGCUCGUAUCUGUUCUAUUGAUGAUUCAAACGAAUAAAGCGCAAGAAGUGACUGAUCCAAGUAACGCAACAGUUCGACCAGCAUUACGUACGACCGAUUCAAGCUAUUCAAAUUAUGGUGAAUAUGGCAGCGCGUACACUACCAGUUCUACUGACGACGAAGACUACACCUACGAUAAUGAUCAAUAUGACAUCGAUGAGCAAUACAAAAUUAUUGAUGAAGAAUCGAAAGCAAAUGUACCGGCCAAAGAUUGGUUUACAUGUGACAGUGGUCAGUUGUAUUUAACUAAGAACAAAAAAUGCGACGGUUACCCAGACUGUUACGAUUGCAGCGACGAAAUUGGGUGUGUAGGGUACGGAGAAAAGUUCUUUUCCUGCUACGGUCCAGAUUCUAAGCGUGGUGAUUUUACAAGCUACAAUUACACGAAUCCCUACUGCGUACCGAGGUACAAGUUUUGCGACGGAGUACAAGACUGUAUGAAUGACCGGGACGAGGCACAGAUUGGUUUUGGGUUUAAAUGUCAAGUGUACAAACAUUUCCAAACUUGCAUAUUACCAAAUGAAAUGCUCAACGAUGGAAAAAUCGAUUGCGAAGAUAAAUCUGAUGAACGAGAAGUCGGAAAACCGACGAAUCAAACAAGCUUCGAUCAAGCAACAAGUUCUGAAUACUUUAGAUGUAUUGAUCCGAACGUAUCCGUAUCAAUAUUUCAUAACCAGGUUUGUGACGGUAUAAUCGACUGUCCGGACUUAUCCGACGAAUGCCUUUGCCAAAUUCCAUAUUCCGAUUCAAUACGUCAGAUCUGUGACAAUGUCAAGCGACCUAACUUAUGGGUGGCAACAAGAAACUACAACUCCUCGUGCAAAAACUGCGAAACUGGAGAAAUUUGCAUAGAUCAGGAAAGUGGCGGGAAAUGCGUUAAAACCUCGAAAAUUUGCGAUAACUUGGACCGGAAGUUACGUCACGACGUUUGCCUACCACGUGAGGUUUCUGAAGCUGCCGCGGUGAUAGACUGUAUAAGCAUAGACGGUUCAUUUCGGAUGCAAAAAGCACGAAUGUGCGACGGUCGCCCUGAAUGCUUGUUUGGUGUCGACGAAUGCGAUACUUCAUGCUUUGGUGAUGAUGGCAAUUCAAGUUUACCAGCGUUUUGUAAACUCCUGGACCCAGAGCAUGGAUAUAAAUGCAACGAUACGGAAAGUAAGAACAAUCCGAUGAAAAUAGUUCGCCCGUGCGAUGGCGUGUGGGAUUGCGACAAUAAUGAAGACGAAAUGGAUUGUCCGACUCGAUAUCCAUGCUACACAAGUUUAUCAAGAGAACUCAACAUUUCAACUCACGUGACUGAGUUCACUUAUGACGUCAUAGAGGCUUGCGAUGGAACCAGGAACUGUCCCAAUGGAGCGGACGAGAUGACGUCACAAUGCUCGUUUAUUCGACCAUUAUCUUGCACCGGUGGCGGGACUUCGGCUUUUGACUGUGAUGUCACAGAUGACUGUGAUUCGAAAGUGAAAACGUCGCUUGAGUUAUCUGGGGUGACAGGAAACUACAGUUUAUUGGAAAAUCUAGCCGUACAGAUUUUUCUCAUCGUUCUCUCUGCCUCUGGUUUCCUUGGGAAUUGCUUCGGCCUCAUAGUAGCGAUUGCGAACACACUUUCACUCUCCAGGGCUGGAUGUAGUAAAUAUUUCCUUGCCUUACUGCAAGAGAGCGUGUUCUAUUCAACCGUCUCGAUGUCCAAGGCACUUUUCAGCGGGUGUCUUGCUUUUGUAUUGUUGCAAGACGGCGAUGAAUCUUCGCCAUGUUAUGUUCCUAAAUAUGAAUGGAGAGUUAGUUUAGGUUGCUCCGCUGUCGGUGCGAUUUGCUGCGUUACAAUCUUCGUUUCGUGGUUCGCGCUCGCAGCAUAUGUAUCUAUACUUAGUGCUAGUACUUUCUGUGGAAAACGUCACCAUGACGUCACUGGAAAGCCCCCUAGACAAGCGGGGUUGUCAAAGCUAUGGUUAGGCGUGACUUUUGCUUUGUUGGUUGUGAUUUGGGUUCCAGUUACAACAGCUAUUCUGGUAUGGACAUCUGGAAUGCAAACGCACGCGUGGGUAAAUAUCUCAAGCGCACAAACUAUUCUUCCUGGCGAAGUAGCAGAUGAAGAGUUCGCGGUGAACCUUGCCGGGAAAGUAGCUUCCAUCUCCGGUCAAGUUCAAUUCAAUGCACCGAUGUUUUCAUGGGAGAAUUUCGCAGAGUUUGUGAACCAAAACGCCCCAACUCUUGGGCUGAAGGUUCUCGGGACUUUCGGGUUCUAUUCUCACAGCGAUUCGUGCAUGCCAUUGGUAUUUAUUAAACCGGGCACCACCGGUGGAGGUGAAGCGGACCGACUCUCUGUAUUCUUGCUGAUAUCCGCACUGGUGUUGGUGACAUAUUGUCUAAUCGGGACAAUAGUUAAUGUACUUUGCUCAACACGACGUCGUCGUAACAGCAGAAAACGACUUCGCAAAUCGAAAACGCUUCGUUUUCCUAUGUGUUUCUCAACGAUUGAGUUUUUUACAUGGAUUCCCGUAAUUGUAUCUUUUUUCAUUAACUUUUACAUCCCGGGUACAAUAAGCGCUGGAACAUUCGAGCUACUGGCUCUUACUUGCGCUGCAAUGAACUGUGGAGUGCUCUCAGUAUGUGCUCACAUAUGGGGACGAGUAUAUUAUAGCUUUAACUCUCCAGCGACACCCAGCGACGAAUCCGGCUUCGACGAAGCAAGAAAAGUGUUCGGUCUCGAAAGAAAAGUCACAAAAACACCAGAAAACCCGCCGGAAACUACAAUGCAAACCGAAAUAACCGAAACCCAGAUGUUGACAUCGACGACUUAAAUAUCCAAACGUUGUAAAAACUUUUAUAUUUUUCUUUACUUGACCGGGAUUCGAACCCACAUUCCGCAUGUCAUAUUUUUCGCCAUGAUAAAAGUGUUAAAAGCUGUAUUGAAUUACCAACUGCAAUUAUAUCUUUUAAGUGAAUUCUUAAAAAAUUAAAAACAAAUUUUAAAACUCUAUACAAUUGAACGGAAAAUGUGGCGCAGUUCAGUUUACUGCCCAAAAUUUCACAUGAAAUAGAUAAUCACUGUGUAUUUGAAUAUCAACCAUAUUUAUAUACUGCAAUACUUCUGUACUGUCUCUGCUUUACGACUGCUGUAUACGUAUUUUAAUUGACCAAUAAAAAAUAUUAAUUA